AUGAAUAAGGAGAAAGGUAAAGACAAGGAGGAAGUAAGGAAGUCUAUUACUAUAAAGACUUCAAGCUCAAAGUCCUCAAAAGAUGAGCAUAGUCAUUGUGAAGAAAGGAAUGACAAAAACUACGAUGAUGAUGAUUUUGGGUUAUUUGUUAAUAAAUACCAAAGGUAUAUAAGGAAGAACCGAGUCAAGGACUCCAAAAUAAACUUAGCCAUAUUUAGAAAGGAAUCCAAGUCCUUAAAAGCUGAUGAGAAUAAGAAAGGUAAAUUCAGAAGCUCUUGUUAUAAUUGCGGUGAAGUUGGUCACUAUAGACCGGAAUGUCUCAUUAUUAAGAAAGACAGGGAAAAAUGGCAUGACAAGAAGUCUAGAAGAGAAUAUGUUGCUUCAGAUAGUUCAAGUGAUUCCUCAAGUGAUGAAAGCUCUACUUCGAGUGUAUAA